UGUAACUAAAGCCAUCACAGGUCAACGCACUAUAUACCACUCUAUCCACGGCAGUCCGCCAUUAAUAAACCUUCAACACACACCAUAACUACCAACAACCAGUCCCCAUAAACAAACACCAAACAUCAACAAAUAUUAAAAAAUGUCACUAUUCUAUCUCCUCUUUGCUCUUCUUGUCUUCUCAAAUUCCCCUUCACUCUCAUUUCAACAGAAUCUCACUUCUUUCUCCAUCUCCGCCUCCCCAUGGCGUCCCGCCGACAACAAGAUCCUCCUCUCUCCCAACUCCACCUUCGCCGCCGCCUUUCUACCGCUACCCAAUUCAUCAACUCUCUUUACUUUCUCUAUAUGGUACUUCAAAUUGCCGGUCAAGACUAUUAUCUGGUCAGCUCCGACUAGUACUUCCUCUCCACUCUCCACCGCCGCCUCUCUGGUUAUCACCCCGACCGGUCAGCUCCGCUUGUUGAAUGAUUCUUCAGGAUUAAUAAACCUAUGGCCUGGUUCUCAGAGUAUGAGAAACUCCAGUUUUUCUUUACUUUCUUUGCAAGAAAGUGGAAGGCUUGUGUUUGGUAAUGAUAUUUGGGAUAGCUUUGAUUAUCCUACUGAUACGUUCUUACCGACACAGAAUAUAACUGUGAAAACUAAUCUUGUUUCCAGGAAUGGUAAGUUCAGUUUCGAAAAUUCUUCCAAGUUGGUUUUUAUUUCUGAUUCUGAAAAUUAUUACACUACCCCUAGUGCUUUUUUACAGUUAAGAAAUGAUGGUAGUGUGGCUCAAUUAAGUGGGGGUUCUAUAAUUUCUGCUGAUUUUUCUGUUAAUGCUACCGAUCGGAUUCGACGGUUGACUCUUGAUGAUGAUGGUGUUUUGAGAAUUUAUAGUUAUGAUCAGAGUCAGGGUCAAUGGUUUGUUGCUUGGCAAGCAAUACAAGAGGUCUGUCAGGUUCAUGGGAUUUGUGGGCCUAAUGCAAUUUGUAUGCCUGGAGAAUCAGAUUUAAGGUCAUGUGUAUGUCCACCAGGUUUCAGGAGAAAUUCUGUAAAUUCUGAUGCUUGUGACAGGAAAAUCCCACUUUCGGACAAAACCAAGUUUCUUCGACUUGAUUAUGUUAAUUUCACUGGUGGGUUAAAUCAGUCGAAUUUGAAAGUCAGGAAUUUCACAACUUGUGAAACGAGUUGCUUGAGAAACAAGAGUUGUCAAGGUUUUAUGUUCAAAUAUGAUGGUCAAGGCUACUGUGUUCUUCAGCUUGGAAAAAUGCCUUAUGGGUAUUGGUCUCCAGGCACUGAAACCGCUAUGUUCUUGCGUGUCGAUGCUAAAGAACAGGACGUGUCGAAUUACGCUGGUACCAUGACUAGCGUGCAAGAGACGACAUGUCCUGUUCGAAUCGGCCUUCCAUUCCCACCUGAAAAAUCCAAUUCUAGAACAAGAAAUAUUGCAAUUAUAUGUACACUAUUUGCUGCUGAGUUGAUUUCAGGAAUUUUGUUCUUCUGGGCGUUUUUGAAAAAGUAUAUAACGUAUAGGGACAUGGCUAGAACUUUAGGCCUUGAAUUUUUCCCGGCUGGCGGGCCGAAACGUUUCACAUAUGCAGAGCUCAAAUCAGCAACUAAUGACUUCUCUAAUGCAAUAGGGAAAGGUGGGUUCGGUGAUGUCUAUAAAGGCGAGCUGACCGAUAAGCGAAUCGUCGCGGUGAAGUGCUUGAAACAUGUCACCGGUGGUGAUGCUGAAUUUUGGGCUGAGGUUACGAUUAUUGCAAGGAUGCACCAUCUCAAUUUGGUCAGGUUAUGGGGCUUCUGUGCUGAGAAAGGGCAGAGGAUUUUAGUCUACGAGUAUGUGCCUAAUGGUUCUCUUGAUAGGUACCUUUUUCCUGCGGGUCAGCUUGCGUCUUCAGGAUCCGAGAUGGAUGCAGGUCCAGUUGCUAUCGACGGGCGGCAACCCAUACUCGAUUGGGGGAUCCGAUACCGGAUAGCCCUCGGUGUGGCAAGAGCAAUUGCAUAUUUACAUGAGGAGUGUUUGGAGUGGGUUUUGCAUUGCGACAUCAAGCCCGAAAACAUACUAUUAGGCGAUGAUUUUUGUCCGAAAAUAUCAGAUUUCGGUCUAGCCAAGUUGAGGAAAAAGGAAGACAUGGUGAGCUUGUCUCGCAUUCGAGGCACACGUGGAUAUAUGGCCCCCGAAUGGGUAAAAAGCGACCCGAUCACCCCGAAAGCCGAUGUAUAUAGUUUCGGAAUGGUGUUACUAGAAUUAGUAACCGGGUCUCGGAAUUUCGAGAUGCAAGGUUCAAUGGUGGAGAGUGAUGAUUGGUAUUUUCCGAGAUGGGCAUUUGAUAAGGUGUUCAAGGAAAUGAAAGUAGAUGAGAUAUUGGACCGUAAAAUCAAGCAUUGUUAUGAUGAGAGGCAUCAUUUUGAGAUGGUGGACCGGAUGGUGAAAAGUGCAAUGUGGUGCCUACAAGAUAGACCAGAGGCUAGGCCUUCUAUGGGGAAAGUGGCUAAAAUGUUGGAAGGGUCCGUGGAGAUUACUGAACCAAAGAAGCCUACUAUUUUCUUCUUGGCAGAUUAAUAAUUGGUAAAAGGUUUAGCAGUGAAAUAGUAAUAAGCUUUUUUUUA